GUAUGGAGGAGAGCAGCGGUGUUGCCGUGUUGGCGCCAGACGUCGGGGAGCAGGAGGCGCUGUUGGCUGCUGAAACCGUCAUCGGUUCAUCGUUGGAAAUCGAUGAACAAAGAAAAGCCAGAACAGAUCCCUUAAUCCAUGUCAUCCAGAAGUUAAGCAAGAUAGUGGAACAUGAAAAGUCACAAAAAUGUCUUCUAAUUGGGAAAAAGCGCUCACGCUCGAGUGCGGCGACAUGUUCUCCUGACUCCCAAGAGCCCUGCGAGCUUCCAGCGAAAGUCGCCCCACCGCCCACUGCCGGAAGGGCCGAGGUGUCGCAGGCGUCUCUCACGCCCCACUCUCCCGCCCAGAGUGAGGGGACGGCGAUGUCCUACCAGUGCAGCCUUUGCAAGUUUCUGUCGGCGUCGUUCCCUGUGUUGAAGGACCACAUCAAGCAGCACGGCCAGCAGCACGAAGUGAUCCUGAUGUGCUCAGAGUGCCACCUCACGUCGAAGAGCCAGGAGGAGCUGGAGGCUCACGUGGUCAGUGACCACGGCAGCGAGGCCAGCUGUCAGGCCCCAGCCGAGGCCCAGCCGUGCGCAAGCCCCCCAGAAAGACACGGUGAGCCCAGGCCCGGCACCCCAGCUGUCCCGGCCGCAGCCACGCCGGGAGCGGGCAGGGGCCAGUGGUACGCGUACGAGCAGUAUGGCGUGUACCGGUGCCUCUUCUGCAGCUACACGUGCGGCCAGCAGCGCAUGCUCAAGACCCACGCGUGGAAGCACGCCGGAGAGGUCGGCUGCUCCUACCCCAUAUUCGAAAACGAGAAUGAACCCCUGGGCUUGCUGGCUUCUCCGGCGGCCACCUCAGCCGGAGGGGUCGACACGGUCGAUGCGGUCGUCAUCGCCAUCGAGGACAGCGCGCUGCGGGUGCAGAACGGGCCGUCGGUGCAGGUGCAGAUCUGCAGCUCAGAGCCGUCACCCUCCGCGUCCCCUCCCAGACAGAGCGCGGAUGAGGGUGCUGGCCCCAGACGGUCCGUGGCCCUGGACCCUGACGCGGAGGAGACACUCGAGGCGACCUCUGAUGCGGAGGAGAUGCUGGUGGCCGACAGCCUGCUGUCGUCGGCACAGAAGAUCAUCAGCAGUGGCCCCAACACGAAAGGCCACGUUAACGUGAUAGUGGAGCGUCUGCCGAGCGCUGAAGAAGGCCUCUCCCAGAGGAGCUUCCUCGUGAGUGCCGAGAUCGAAGAGGCGAAGCAGCUGAGCCCGCCAGAAGCCCGGGCCGGGGACGAGGGGACGGGGGAAGCCUGCGGGGCCGACAAAUGCACUGUCGACAUCGGGGGGCUGAUCAUAGGCUGGAGCCGUGCGGAGAAGACCGACAGUGAGCUCGGGUACCCGGGCCUGGCUCCCGAUGAGAACGCGCCCCCCGGCCGGAGGAGAACGAAUUCCGAGUCCCUUCGCCUGCACUCGUUAGCCGCAGAAGCGCUGGUCACCAUGCCCAUCCGAGCUGCGGAGCUCACGAGAGCCAGCCUCGGGCAUUACGGCGACAUAAACCUCCUAGAUCCAGACACCGGCCAAAGGCAAGUAGACAGUACACUGGCCGCAUAUUCUAAAAUGAUGUCGCCACUCAAAAACUCCUCGAACGGAUUGGCAGGGUUUAACCAAAGCAGCUCUGCCUUGGUAGCUCUCCCGGGGGGCCGGCAGGAGCUGUCGGACGGGCAGGCCAAGACGGGCAUCAGCAUGUCCCUGCUCACUGUGAUCGAGAAGCUGAGGGAACGGACUGACCAGAACGCUUCGGACGAUGACAUCUUGAAGGAGCUGCAGGACAACGCCCAGUGCCAGCCCCAUGGUGAGGCCAGCGUGCCGGGAAGCAGCGUCGUGGAGUACAUCCCGGACGCGGAGCGGCCCUACCGCUGCCGCCUGUGUCACUACGCGAGCGGCAACAAGGGCUACAUCAAGCAGCACCUGCGGCUCCAUCGGCAGAGGCAGCCCUACCAGUGCCCCAUCUGCGAGCACGUCGCAGACGACAGCAAAGACUUGGAGAGCCACAUGAUCCACCACUGCAAAACCAGGGCCUACCAGUGCAGACGGUGUGCCGAGUCUUUCCUCUGCAAGAGUCAGCUGAGGAACCACGAGAGAGAGCAACACAGCCUUCCAGACACCUUGUCAAUGGCGAGUCGCAGUGAGCCAAGAGCAUCCAGUGACACAGCUGAUGAGAAGUGUGUUCAGGAAGAGAAUAAGUCUUCCAUCCAGAAACAGUACAGAUGUGACGUGUGCGAUUAUACCAGCACGACGUACGUCGGUGUCAGAAACCACAGACGAAUCCACAACUCUGAUAAGCCGUACAGGUGCUCUUUGUGUGGGUACGUGUGCAGCCACCCUCCUUCUCUGAAGUCGCAUAUGUGGAAGCAUGCGAGUGACCAAAACUAUAACUACGAGCAAGUGAACAAGGCCAUUAACGAUGCGAUUUCGCAGAGCGGCAGAGUUCUAGGGAAAUCCCCUGCAAGGACGCUGCAGAGCAGCAGUGACGAGCGAGGCGACCCUGUCGCCGAAAGCCCGGACGACGGGGCGUCGCCCUCCGAGCCCACGGCCCAGGCUGCCGGCGAGCACGAGGAGCCCGGCGCGGGGAGGGGCCCCGGCGCAGCCCCCACCGGCGCGGAGUACUGCGUGCUGCUCUUCUGCUGCUGCAUUUGUGGCUUCGAAUCCACCAGCAAAGAGAACCUGCUGGGCCACAUGAAGGAGCACGAGGGCGAGAUCGUCAGCAUCAUCCUGAGCAAGGACGCGACGCGCCUCUGAACGCGGCCCAGACCCCAGCGGGGCCCCGCCACACCGCGGUCCCGCCGGGCGGGCGCUGUCCGGUGACCGCCCGGACACAGGAGCUCGGUGCGAUUUUGAGGGAAAUGACAGCCGUGACUGUGGAACCAAAUUUGGGGUGUAGUAAGAGGGAUUCCAAGUGGACACGCAGUGAUAACAUUCAGGUGCGUCGAGCAAGGGGGAGCGGCCGAGGAGGCAAAGGUGUGACCCUGUGUCAGCGCUGUUGCCUCGUCUUAGUGUGGAGUGUAUUUCUUAUUCGGGCUUCCCACAAUGUGGCGGUGCACGCAGGGCAGUGAAGAGUGUUUCGGGAGCUCUGCUGAAACGUGCUGUUAGGGACGUGUCACGAUCUAAAGCAGAGCUUGCUCUUCUUCCUCUCAGUUCUGACGUGACGGGCCUCCUGGGGCAAGUGGGACGCAACUCCCUGGGGGUUUUCAGUGGCACCAGCAGUCGGCAAGGGGAAGGGGGCUUUGAAAUGAUCUAUCUAAAUCUUUCCCGGAAUUGAUAGGCGUUAACCAUAUGCUCAACAUGAGAUAUAUCGCUUUACUCCUUAAAAAAGAAAAGAGACCUCUGCAUCCAAAUCUAGAUUGUAAAGAGGUGCUGAAGGAGUAAGUGAUCGUCGUGCGUUCACGGUGACUUUCCUGUGGGCACGGGAGGAAACAGGUGAAUUCCCACCAGACUCAGCCCCCAUCCCAGGGUGGAGAAGCAUGUAACAGCGCAGUGCAGUUACCUCUCGGAGGUCCCCCCGGUUGUCUAGCUAAACAGGCUCCCGACCCUCCUGAAUUAGCCUUCUAUCUGGGGGUCCGUGGAAGCCACAAUGUAUGAAAACGUGCAUGUGAUCACCAGACCCUGGGAAUGGUGUAAACUCUUAACUAGAAACCAUUUGGGGGAGGGGGUGAGAUUCAGAAGCCCCCGGAAGCGAGCACUGCCAUUGAGAUCAUACUUCUCGGAGUCUUAUGAAGUUCCACGUAGCAGAAAGGGUGAACCAGACGUGGCUCAAGCACAGCGGGAAUCCAGGCUGUUCAUAAAACUUGUAGGAACAACAGCAUUUGGCGAGUCUGUGAGCUUUUCUCUAUCCAGGAGGUUCCAUUCCGUGCAAUAGGAUGUCCGGAGCCCCGACGACAAGUGCCAUGAAAUAGAUGGAUUCUCCUCGUUAAUUACACGUUUGUGUCCUAACAUUUCUAAGAGUGAAAAGAACAGGGUUUGUUUUUCUGGCUUUUGUAGUGCGGUCAUUUAUUCAUGCAUCUUUUCAUUGGAGUAAGUUCUGCCCACAAGUCAGACGUGGGGCCUGUGCGCCCCUCCCCGCCCCCCAUGGUGCUCUUUCUGACCUAGCUUCCCAACACAGAGCAGGUUUGAAUGGGAUACUUCGUAGACGCGUGCAGGAAAGACAGCUCUUCCAGAGUCCAGGUGUGAGGCGAAGGGGCGGACACGUUCAAGGCUGCUUCGGGAACCAUUGAAGGGGCCAGGCAUCUGGGAACCUUGUCUGAUUUGUUUUUUUGGUCGCAUUUUCAUGAUGAUAUUUAAACAGAAUCGAUUGUAGUUCUGUAGCUCUUUAGGUAGCUUUAAUUUAUUUAUGAAAGUCAAUCCAUUUUUGAUAUGUGGUUUUUUAAAAAGAUAAAGUGAAUUUUAUAUAGUAAAUUAUAAUCCCCAAAUCCACUGCAUGUGGACCUAUAUUCGUUUUCUCCUGUUUUUAGAAUUAAAACAAUUAUAUUUUAUUUCAAAUUCAAAUAAAAUAUUUUAAAUGGUUCCAUUAUUAUCACUUAUAUUGUUGCCACUCAGUCAUUUCUUUCAUCGCUGGUAGCCACGACUCAGUAUUUCUUCAUAAAAAUAUUAUUCUGAAAAUUAACCUUAGAAGAAUUUUAUCUUAUAAAUUUUCCUUAGCUUUAAUUUGAUGUAACCAUUUGGAAAAUACUAAUAACCAAAAAAAUGCCAAAAAUAUCAAUGGUGAAUUUUUUUAAAUGACCAGUCUUCAUUUCCUUAAACCACUUCCAUCGAUCAUUACCUAAAUUUCUAUUCGGAAUCAUGGAUUUAAAAUUUCCCUAGCUCAUUGGAGGGAAGACUAACCCAGCAGUUCCAAGUCUUUAAACGUCCAUCGGAUUCUGGCCUAGGACAUCCUCGAAGCUUCCUCCUGGCCCUGCAGGAGAGGCCGGACAGCAGGGCCGCCCGGCACCUUCCCACGCCGCCGUCUGGCGAGCCUCACGCUAGCAGUGUCUCUACCGAGAACAAAGUAGUAAUGAAAACGAAAUACGCAAUUUUAAUUGUGGAAGAGAGAGGUGUGGAGCUAAUCAGGACGGAUUUCUUCAUAGGAGUAACAGUUUAUUUCCUGGCACUAGAUCUUUUCCCGUACAAAGCUCGUAGUAUUGGUUUUCCACUCUGACCACUUAAAAUUCCGACUGGAUAGUGAAACUAGUUUUUCAGAGAAAUCGCCUGGAUAAGGCAACGGCGGGGAAGGGGACGGCGGUGCAUCCUGGCCAGUAUCAAUAACACAUUUUGGGGCUACGUCACUUUCUCUUUCUCUGACCAUCCAGAAUAUGGUGAGUGUCCCCAGUGCUCUGACAGCCCCAUGCCUGUAUUCCAGUCGAUCGCGAGACUUUUAAGUUCUGUGUCCAGGCAGUGCACUGCAGUGACGCUUAUAAAGCCUUUGUUCUAGAUCUGUCAUCUAUUUGAGGUAGCAGCUGGUGGCCUCAUUGUUUCCUCUGUCUUUUCUCACGAAGCGGGUGGCAGGCACCCAUGUUUACGUCGUGUCGUCCACAGCGUACUGGGCUUGACAGAGACAAGCAGGCUUCUCUAUCGAGACGUGUUGCAGUUUUAGUUUUCAUAGACACUUAUUUAAUCUUUUUUUAUUGUACAGCAAGGUGCUCUAAGUAAUAUUCUAUGAAAUAUAUUUAAUAGAAAUUUGAGUUUGAUAUCCAUGGACAUGAAUACGUGUAUUUUUUUAAGAAAUAAGUAUUGUGUAACACUAUGGCAUUGCUUCUAUAGCCAAAGUAUAAAACUUUCUGGAACACUGACAUGUGAAGACGCCAGUUAAUUCCAACACUGUAUCCUACAAAUAGGAUGGUUUGCAUUUUGUAAAAUUAUCCUGCACACGGAGCUGCAGGCCUCACAGCCCAGGGCUCUAGGGCCGUGUCCAGGGUACAGCGGUGGCCUGCUCAGCAGUGACAGGAGUCCACAGUGCUGCUUGAAGUACCUUUGCGAGUACUGUGCAAAGUUCUAGUAAUUUAUUUUGCUUUAUAGGAGUUGGUCAUGUAUUGACUUUAAUACUGUAUUUUGGUAAUAAAUCUUUUGUUAAAAACA